AUGUCUAUCUCCCAGAAGUGCCUCGUCGUCACCAUGCUCCUCACCUUAUCACUAUCUCUCUCUUUCAUCGCCCCUUACGUCAUGCGUUACGUCAGACGUUGCUACCAAAUUGCUGAAGAAGAACAACGUCAUCAAAGUAAAACGUCAGGGCACCAGCUGGGUUUGAACCCGGGUCGGAUCAGGUCAUCGAAAGAUACUGACGACGCUACGGACAGCCAAGUCAUUUGGCUGUGUGAACUGAACAACAACAACAACAAUAAUAAUAAUAACAAUAAUAAACUUGAUGGUCCGAAGUAUCAGCUAAUGAAGAAAGCACACGAAAGCAUGUUUGUUUGCAAAAAUUGCGGUAGAGUUCAGCAAUCAUCGGCAUCAAUUAGUUUUACUACCGCUACUGCUGCUACUACUUUGUCAGUAGCUACCACUACUGAUAGUAGUAGCGCUUCUACUCUUACUCUAGUAAGAUACUCAACCGGCAAAAACUGUUGCUGCUGUAGAGAGCACGAGACGAGCAGCAGCAGCAACAACAACAACAACGACGAUACGCAAGUAUAUACAUUCAUUCCGAAGCCCAACAACAACAAAUACACAACAACAGCAACAACUACAACAGAGCAUUCAGACGAUGAAGAUGACGACGACAAUGAUGACAACCGUGGUGAUGACGAUGGUGGUGGUGGUGGUAUUAAAAGCGCGCCAAAUAGGAGCGCGGAGAAGAGCUUGGCGCGAAUAAAAAAAUCCAAUGCAAAAAGAAUUAUUCCUCUGUUCUCAGAAACCAACGUUUAA